CUACGCAGAGCAGUUGACAGCUGCUUCGACGCUGUCAUUUACACAGGAGCAUGGCUCAGACCUGGGGUAACUUUUUAUUCUCUCUACUCGAUUACAAGACCGAGAAAUUUGUCAUCGCUAAAAACAAAAAGGUCGGAGUUCUGUUCAGACUCUUUCAGCUGGGGGUGAUUGGAUAUCUGAUCGGGUGGGUUUUUCUUUGGAAGAAAGGCUAUCAGGAGACCGAGGAAGUCAUUCAGAGUUCUGUGAUCACCAAACUCAAGGGUGUAGAUUUCACCAACAGCUCUCAGUCUGGUCUGCAGCUAUGGGGUGCAGAGGACUAUGUCAUUCCCCCACAAGGGGACAGAGUGUUCUUUAUUGUGACAAAUUAUGUAGUGACACCCAACCAAAAGCUGGGUUACUGCCCUGAGAGUCCUAAAGUGCCAGAUGGUUUAUGUACUUAUGACAAUGAAUGUGUGGAAGGGGAAUCUGUCAUAGCAGGCCAUGGAGUGAAGACAAGUCGCUGUAUAAACGACACAGGAACGUGUGAGAUUCAUGCCUGGUGCCCUGUUGAGCAUGGCCAGACACCAUUGGAGCCAAUGCUGGCAAAGGCAGAAAACUUCACGAUCUAUGUAAAGAACUUCAUCAAGUUUCCAAAAUUUGCCUUCUCCAAAUCGAACGUCCUGCCUACCACCAACAGCACAUAUCUGAAGAUGUGCAGAUAUGAUAAGGACCAUCAUCCCUAUUGUCCCAUCUUUCUUGUGGGAGAUGUGAUUAACUGGACUGGAUACAGUUUCCAGGAUUUGGCAACAAAGGGCGGUUCAAUUGGAGUUGGAAUUGAAUGGAAUUGUGAUUUGGAUAAAGAUGAAUCUCAAUGUAACCCUGAAUAUAGCUUCACACGCUUAGAUUCCUCGAAAAAUUCCCAGAACUCUGCCAUUUCUGGUUACAACUUCAGAUUUGCUCGAUACUACAAUGAUGCAGCAGGUCAAACCUAUCGCAAUCUAUUUAAAGUGUAUGGCAUUCGCUUUGAUAUAUUAGUUAAUGGAAAGGCUGGGAGAUUCAGUAUCAUUCCUACAGUGAUCAGCAUUGGCUCUGGGCUUGCUUUAAUGGGUGCUGGGGUUUUUGUCUGCGACAUGAUUCUGCUCUACAUGAUGAGCAAAAGCUCCUUCUACCGAGAGACUAAAUUUGAGGCAGUCACAAAAAAGCAAUCUGGAAAGCAGAGAGAGAGAAAGCAUGUGAGACACCACGGUCAUCAUCGCCAAGAUGGGCGGCACAAGAGAGAGGAGAAACAGGGAACAGAGAUGCAGCCAUUGACAUCAGUGUCAUGUCAGCCCAAUAACAACCCAGAGAGACAGAUCCAGCCCACAAGCUCAGCACUCAAAACCCACAGUUCUGAGAGAAGGCCGCAGGGCACAGUGUCAUUCAGGACUCAGCACGCUGCAGAAAAACAGACCAUUUCUCCCGUUUCCACCCUGAGAACACCACACAACCAGUAGAGGAUUUUUUUUGAUGCUGAAUCUCAUUGGAUUUACUGUGAAUGUAUGAAAGGAGGUAUUAUAGCGGGUCUAUGCUCAGUCAUACCAAAGAGGAAUACUGCCAGUGUUGUUAUGCUCUCCUAGUGUUUUAAAUGGCAAUGGAAGUUUUUGUUACGAAGGAUUUGCAAUAAGAUAAAUAUAAAUUAUUUAAUAUAAAUAUGGCCUGACAUCAAAAAUUGUCAAACCAAGGUUGAAUAAAUGUUAAAAUAUUUGACAAAAAAUGCUUGGGUCAUUGCAUUACUUUCAUCUUGAGUAAAUGUGAAAAGAGUACAAUCUUUAAAAAGAAGAAGAAAAAUUAAAAAUAAAUAAAGAUCUACACUACCAUUC